AUGGCUGAGCCGGCGGCGGCGGCUGCGGUGAGCACAAGGAAGCUGUACGGGUACGAGCUGUCGUCCAACUCGGUGCGCAUCGCGGCGCUACUCAACGAGAAGGGGCUCGACUACGAGCUCGUCGUCGUCGACGACACCAAGGCGCCCGACUUCCUCGCCAUCAACCCCUUGGGCCAGGUCCCGGCGUUCCAGGACGUCGACGACAUCCUCUUCGAGUCUCGCGCCAUAAGUAGGUACAUCGCGGCCAAGUACCGGUCCUCGGGCACGGACCUGCUGCCGGCGACGCCGUCGGCGAAGCUGGAGGUGUGGCUGGAGGUGGAGUCGCACCACUUCUACCCGGCCGUGGCCGACCUGGUGUACGAGCUCCGCGUCAGACCCCGGCUGCCGGGCGGCGCGCCGCCCGACCCGGCCGUCGUGGACGGGCUCGCCCGCAAGGUGGCCGACGUGCUCGACGUCUACGACGCGCACCUCGCCGCCGGGAACAGGUACCUCGCCGGCGACGCGUUCACGCUCGCCGAUGUGAACCACAUGGCGCAGCUGUUCGUCAUGAGCCGGACGCCCCGGGCGGCGGAGCUGGUCGCGGCCAGGCCGCACGUGCAGGCGUGGUGGGACGACAUCUCCGCCCGCCCCGCCUGGAAGAAGACCGUGGCCGCGCUCCCCCUGCCGCCGGCUUGA